AUGGCAUACUCCACUGGCAGAGUCGCGCGCGACGGCUUCGAAAGCGGCCACGGCCGGUUCCUCGUACACGGCAGCGAGCGGGUGGAGGGCGCCCGUCUGAAGCAGCUGUUUAUCCCCUGCCUCACCUCUGAAGCCAACAAGCUGCUUCGCGACAGUCACAAUUUCGUCCGCGCCCAGCUGCAGCACUAUGGCGUACAAUACGAGGCGAAGGAAUUUACUGGACAAGGCGUCCUGCUGCUCAAGAAGGCCCCCAGUGCGGGCAAGCUCGACAAGGUGCCCGCGCAUAUUGAGGCUCUGCAGAUCCAGAUGCACGCCGAGUGGCUGGAUAUGCAGCCGGCUGAGGACCUUGCGACACAGCCAACACUCGCCAUGGAAAAGUACUUUUUGGACCACACCGGCAAGCCCGACAGAACCAAGACUGGCGAAGUCAUCGGGUUUCCGCUACCGGUCCACAGCAGCUACCGCGUUAGCCAGAUCUGUGCAGCCAUCGACAAGGUUCCGGGCCUCCACUACGCAAACGGACAUGGCCCAUUGACGCAGACGAUCUACGCAGGCUGGGAUUACUACGCCGUGCAUGCCGCCGCAGACGGGCAUGCCGCCAAAGAAACUGCCGAUGCCGACGAAGAAGCCGACAUGCGAGAGGAGGAACGCGAUGCCGAGCAUAAAGCAUACCUUGCCGAAAGCAAAAAGAGGCGCCUCGCCCCUUCUCCUGUGGGCCAGUACAUGGUCGACUGUACCGCCAUUGAGAAGGGCUGGGACAACACCGAUAACCUCACAAUGUCUAUUCGCGAGUCGGGCAUACCAAACGUUUAUCAGGCCGACUUUGACUUUGGCAUCCUUGAAGGAGUCAUGAUGCUCAGCUCUGUCAAAAGCGCUCUUGCCUAUUUCCUCGACGACGACGCCAGCGACGAUGAAAGCGGCCCUCCUGCCACAGGCUCGAAGCGCAAGGCCACCGGCCGCGGCGGCCCUGUUCUCAAAGUCGCAAAGACCACUGGGGGACCGCCUACCAAGUUCUUCCUCGUUCUGAAAUGCAGGGAGACGGGGGAGGGAGUGAUCAAUCCCACUCCCGAAAAGGGCGAGAUGACCUUCAAGGGGGCCGACAUGGCGAGCUUAACUGGCACGGCCACGCUCGAUUGCGAUGGGUCCGACGUUCCUUUUUCGGCACGCAAGAUUUCCAGCUCUCCAGGCUCGUCGCGCGACAGAUGGGAGAACUAUUCCUGGGCCGCCUAUGAGGGUGCGCGCGUGUAG